AUGAAAACCCCAAAUGCUCUGUGGGCCGUUGCCCUGAUUGGCCUCAGCUGUCUGCUGACAACAGUCGCAGCUGGUCGCCUCACCCUUCGUCCUUUGACGCCGCAGGAGCUGCGCUCCGCUCUCGUCGAGGCGGGCGUCGAUGAGGGGCAGCUGACGCCCAUUGGCCGUGCCACGCCCUCAGCCAUAGCAGGCCUGGGCGGCUUUGCGCUGGGCGUGGCAAACGGUCUGGGCGGCGCCCUGAUCUUCGAUCUGCUUACCUCGAAUGAGACAGCGGCCUACGUAUCCAACCUAAUCAACUCGCUGAACUCGACGUCGACCGAGGGCGGCAGCAGCGGCGGCGUUGGUGGAUCGACUCAGGAGGUUUGCUUCCAAAGUCGAAGCUUGAGUGGGGAUCUGCUGCAGGGACGUGCCAACGAUCAGUACGAGGACUUUAUCGAUGAUCGCGAUUUGUAUGACUAUGAAGAUGACGACGAUUACUCGGGGCUUGGUCGCCAGGCCACCGAGGAUUACUAUUCAGACUAUGCGGACCCUAUCGCUGGCACUCCCGGAAUCACAUGCAUUGUGGUCAAUAAGGGACGAUCCAUAUUUCGGCAUCGACGAAGCGCUGAGCUGACACCGGAGCAGCAGGACGAGAGCAAACCAGCCGAAGGCACAGAAUCAGAAUCAACGCUAGGGGAAGCGUCUACAGCUAAUCCGAAUGCAUAAAUUCUAAUCUAUGUGUGUUUAUUAAGUAAUUUAGUGCUUAGGUCUAUUAAAGUAUAAUUGAUACCACAAGUGGGCGUGGCAGGGGUCAUGACGUGGCAACUGAAGGUGUGUGGGAGCGGGUUCUUAUGCAAGAAUAAUAAAGGGACAAGUGUAGUGGGGGUAGUUGGACCUAAAAGCUAUUAGGAAGCCGGUGGAUACACUGAGCGAAAAUUUAAAGGAGUCAAGUUGAAAUGAGAAAUGUAUGUAUACUAACAUGACGCUAGGACGGCUAGCUUUUAGAUAUUUAAGCUGAUGCCAACUGAUAUAAAUAUAUAUAAAUACUGCACUGAGAGAAAAUUUGUAGAAAUUCUGACAGUUAGCUAAGUUUGUGAAUGC